AUGGCCAAAGGUCUUGAGACCAGUUCUCACCCACCUCGAUUCCAGAGAGCUUUCCAGCGUUGUUCGCGCAUCUGCCAGUGCAUGGCCCGUUCAAUGUCCUUCACCAAUACCGACGCUGUGGCUGUUGAGGAUGUGGCUGUGGACUUUACCCAGGACGAGUGGGCGUUACUGGAUCUUCCUCAGAGGAAACUCUACAGAGAUGUGAUGAUGGAAACCUUCAGAAACCUGGCCUCAGUAGAGGGCAGCUUUGUGGUCUGGGACCUAGGCAAGACUCUUAUUGUGCGUAUUAGAGACUCCAGAUACGAUUUUACUGAGAAUCGAUCACACCUGCCCAUCUCUCGAGAGCCUGAACCCCAAAGUAUUGGCCCCGUGUCAGGGACGUACCCGUGGCUCUCUCCUAUGUUCGUUCAUGUGUUCCUCGCUCCACGAUCAUCAUCAUCAGUUCUCCAGAGGAACAAGAGGGAGCCUGUGGACCACUGGGUCUGGGGCAAGAGUGCUGUGAAGGAAACUCUUCUGGAAGAGAAACCCUAUGCAUGUAAGGAAUGUGGGAAAGCCUUUACUUGGCCAUCACAACUUAUGUCUCAUUUGAGAAGUCACAGUGGAGACAGGCCUUAUGAAUGUAAGGACUGUGGGAAAGCCUUUCGUCAUUCCUCACAACUCACUCCACAUAUGAGAAUCCACAGUGGAGAGAGACCUUAUGCAUGUAAGGAAUGUGGGAAAGCCUUCCGUCAUUCCUCACACCUCACUAAUCAUAUAAGAACUCACAGUGAAGAGAGAUCUUAUAAAUGUAAGGAGUGUGGUAAAGCCUUUCGGAAUUCCUCACACCUCAUUAUACACAUGAGAAUUCACAGUGGAGAAAGACCUUAUGACUGUAAGGAAUGUGGCAAAACCUUUAGUUGGUCAUCACACCUCACUUCACAUUUAAGAACUCACAGUGCAGAGAGGCCUUAUGAAUGUAAGGAGUGUGGGAAAGCCUUUCGUCAUUCCUCUCACCUCAUAAUGCAUAUGAGAACUCACAGUGGAGAGAGGCCUUACGAAUGUAAGGAAUGUGGGAAAGCCUUCAGUCAGUCUUCACAUCUCACUAGUCAUAUGAGAACUCACAGUGAAGAGAGGUCUUACGAAUGUAAGGAAUGUGGGAAAGCCUUUCGUCAUUCCUCAUACCUCCUUAUACAUAUGAGAACUCACAGUGGAGAGAGGCCUUAUGAAUGUAAGGAAUGUGGUAAAGCCUUUACUCAAUCCUCACAUCUUACGGAACAUAAAAGAACUCACAGCGGAGAGAGGCCUUAUGAAUGUAAGGAAUGUGGCAAAGCCUUCCAUCAGUCCUCAAAUCUCACUAGACAUGUGAAAAUUCAUGUUGAAGAGCGAUCUUAUGAAUGCAAGGAAUGUGGUAAAGCCUUUCGUCAAUCCUCACACCUCACUGCACAUAUAAGAACUCACAGUUGA